CAUUCGCGCGCACAGACCGACACACACACACACACACACACACAGGCUCGCACCAGGAUGGCGAAAGAGACACGGGAGAAAGAUGCACCCCGAAAAUUUAGCGCGUCCCACUGGAGGCUGCAGAACAUCGUCCAGGAGACCAUGGACAGCUCGGACGAGGAGUUCUUCGAUGCAAGAGAUGUUCUGGAGGGGAAGACCUCCAUCCUGCUGGAGAUGAGCCAGUGGAACUCGAACGAUCUGGUGGAGCAAAUCGAGACCCUGGGCCACCUGGAGCGCUCAAGAGAAAGUCUGUACAGACUCAGGCACCCUCGUUGUGCACCACAGAGCAGCGUAGAUGGUCUGGAGGACAUGGAGAGGAAAUGCAGGACGCAGCUGCUGAUCCUGGUUGUUCACGGAGGCCACAUUCUAGACUCCGGAGGCGGCGAUCCGGGCGGGAAGGCAGGAGACGCUGCGACGCUAGCGUCAGUGUUGGAGCGCGUAGCACGUGCGCACUUUCAGGAAGCGGCUGACAGCAUGCUGGUGCGCUUGGUGCCCUGCCCUGCUGUGUGUGCCGAAGCCUUCGCGCUCGUCUCUCAUCUGAAUCCUUACAGCUAUGACGAGAGCUGCGUUUGCACUAGUGUGGAUCACCUGCCGUUGGCCGCUCUGCCCAUCCUGGCCAUCGCCGGUCCUCAGUACCAGGAGGCUGUGGCAGCGGUGAUCUCUCAAGCCAACCAGGUGUAUCAUGACUUCCUCCAGUCGGCUGAGGGUCUGGGCUUCACCGGGCAGGUGUGUUUGGUGGCUGACUGUGUUGGUGGAGUGCUUUGUUUUGAUGCGCUGUGUUUCAGUGGUGACAAGCGGCACGGCACUCCCGACACAAACGCUACGAACUACAGCACUGAGAGCCUGAAGGAGAAGUCGGGCGUGAUGAGUAGUCUGAGUCCCACUCUGAGGAGCAGCAAGCGCCUGAGUAAGAGUAACAUCGACGUUUCUGCGCUGUGCGAGUCAGCACCGACUCUCGGCCGUCCACUCAUCCGCAAGCAGAGCGACUCGUGUGACACAGACAUGGAUGGAAGUCCCAGGGAGGUGUUUUUCAGCAGUCUGUCUCAGGAUGAGCAGAUGAACUCUGCACAGGCUCAGUUCCCAGGCUGCUUUGACUUUGAGGUUUCAGACUGCUUUCUCCUCGGAUGCCCGCUCGGCCUGGUGCUGGCCAUGCGGAGAACCGUGCUGCCGGCUGUUCAGAUUACCCAAUUGCGUCCAGCCUGUUUGCAGAUCUUCAAUCUGUUCUACCCGUCUGACCCGUCUGCUUCACGUCUGGAGCCCCUGCUGUACCCGCCUCUCACCCAGCUGCCCCCUUUUACCGUGCCACGCUACCAACGCUACCCGCUGGGCGAUGGGCGCUCCACUCUCAUCGCUGACACUGCGGUUAAACAGGCAUCAGAAGGAAGCGCUGAAAUAGUUCAGUCUGCAUGCUGCAAGACACAAAGCGAUGGAACGUCUACCAACACCGGCGCCAAGGAGAGUCAGGGAGACCAGACCAUCUCACAACUGUGUAGCAGGUGGUGGGGUGGAAAGCGGCUAGACUACGUGCUCUACUGCCCCGAUGUGCUCACGGCGUUCCCCACUGUGGCGCUGCCACAUCUGUUCCACGCGUCAUACUGGGAGUCUACAGACGCCGUGGCCUUCAUCCUCAGACAGGUGCUGCGCUGUGACUGUCUGAAGGCCGGUGAAGCAGACUGCUGUGACUCGGUUCCGAUCUCUCCAUCCAGCCCUCGAGAGAAGUGGCUCCGCCGAAGAACACACGUCAAGCUGCGGAACGUGACGGCUAACCACAGGGUGCAUGAUGUGAUCGCGACGGAAGACGGGCCUCAGACGCUGGUGGGGAGGUUCAUGUACGGUCCUCUGGACAUGGUGACGCUCGCAGGAGAGAAGGUGGACGUGUUUUUGGCGACUCAGCCUGGAUCGGGACGCUGGGUGCUGUUCGACACCGAGGUCACCUCCAGCAGCGGUCGCGUCACCUACACCAUACCUGAAAACAAGAGACUCUCCGUCGGUGUUUACCCCGUCAGAAUGGUGGUCAAAGGCGACCAGACGAGUGCGGAGGCGUUCCUCACUGUGCUGCCGCGCAAAAUGGAGUGCGUGGUGUUCAGUAUCGAUGGCUCCUUCGCUGCCAGUGUCUCACUCAUGGGUAGUGACCCUAAAGUCCGUCCCGGCGCUGUAGAUGUUGUUCGGCACUGGCAGGACCUGGGAUACCUGAUCAUCUACAUCACCGGUCGACCCGACAUGCAGAAGCAGAGGGUGGUGUCAUGGCUCUCGCAGCACAACUUCCCGCAGGGCAUGGUGUUCUUCUCGGAAGGCCUCGUCCACGACCCCCUGCGCCAGAAAACCCUUUUCCUCAGAAGCCUCAUCAAGGAGUGUCACAUUAAGAUCAGUGCAGCCUACGGCUCUAUGAAGGACAUGUCCGUGUACAGCGCUCUGGGCCUGGAGGCCUCGCAGAUCUACAUCGUCGGAAGGCCGUCCAAGAAACACCAGCACCAGUGCCAGUUCCUGAGUGAGGGUUACGCUGCUCACCUGUCCGCUCUGGAGUUCGAGCACGGCUCACGUCCCAAGAAGAACCGCAUGGUCCUGCGUCAGGGCUCGUUCGGACUCUCGUCCAAGCCUGACUUCCUGUCUCCGUCGCCGGAUUUCUUGACGUGUAAGCGCACGCCGCUGCUGCGCCGAGCUAUGUCCAUGCAGCAGGCGUCUCCACCCUCUUCCUCGUCGUCCACGCCCAAACCAGAGCGCGCCCAGAGCCAGCCCGAGAGCCACCGGGACGGGCCGGAGAUCCGCAUCGAACUGGACGAUCAGGACACGGAAACAGGAGGCUUUACAGCUGUACCAUGAGGAAAUACGAUCACAUGGUGGGAUUGGGGGAAAAGUGGCACUGAGUAGGACGAAAAAAGUUUUUAUUUUAUUAUUAAUAUUAUAUAUAAAUUCAUCCCCUUUUAUCCAACUCAUGACGUUGAGAAUUUUGUCCCCUGUAAAACGUCAUUAGCUUCCGUGCCUACAGGGAUGCCACACGCGCCAGAUAGAAUCAGCUCAUGUGUUUCACAGAGACCCCGCGAAAGCCUCUGUUAGGCUUGAACUCUUCCCUGCGCUGAUGUUUUGAAGCAGCGGUGCUCAGUGCAGAGCAGCAGGCCAGCAUUUAUUGCCGCCGACAAGCUGAGAGACUCGUUUACUUUCGCGAGCUCCCGUUUUUUCUCUUUCUCU